AUGGAUCCCGACGGACGAGCCCGCGCUGUUACCAACGGAGCAGCGACCACUCGAGGCCCAAACUCCUCCUCCGGCCACCAUCCCGGCGAUGGUAACUCUCAAAGCAAUGACGAUGCUGACAUCUCGGAGCACUCCUCUAACGCGGAAAUUCCAGGACGACCUUCUGGCCAGGGACAGUCCCGGCCGACCGCCUCCGUUCCGCUGCCCAGACCGCAUACGCUGCACAACGGCUGGGAGCCCUCCAACGUCGCGACCGCCAAGUGCGACAUGUGCCACCGCCAGCGCUGCGGCGUCAUCCAGAAGUGCUCCGACUGCAAGCUCUCCGUGUGCCGGGAGUGCGCCUUCGCGGACCGCCUGAGCAAUGAUGUCAGACACGCGCUCGACCCGACCACGGUCGAGUGGGACUCCCGGACCGUCCCAAGGGGUAGGGGCACCGGGGGAUCGAGAGCUCGCAGGUCUCGAGGAGGCGGCGCUCCUCGCGGCAGUGGCCACGGUCGCGGACAGGGAGAAGCUGCAGCUUCCGCUACCACGACUCCCAGCCCGCAGACUGAUCUGGGAUCCCACACCAGCAAUGAUAGCUGGGCACAGAACCUCGGCCGCCAGGCCGCUUCGAUCCAGGUAAAUAACGACCCUCACAACCAAAUUAUGCAGCGGAAACGAAGCCAUAUCGGCCCUGCCAAUACACCAGUCACUCAACAAGCACAGAACGCCGCCCAGAUUCUGGCCACCAUGCCCAACGGCCGUCAGGUCGACCGCCAUGACAGCUCACAGAAGGGCAACAAGUACGAUGACAUCCUACCUGACAGCACUCUACCGCCUCUGCGAGCCGUCCCUGACCCUAUCGACUGUAGCCUCCCGCCCCUAACUUCUAUGUACCCCGAGAUGUCCCGUAACGACGUGGCGGCACACCAGCAAGGCGUCCAGACCCAGUGCGCCUCGGCCUCUUCCCAGCAGAUGGCACCUACGGCUUUUAUGAGCCCCGAGCCAGCCCAGGAGGACCCUGUUCACUACCAGGCCCAAUAUGGCUAUGGAGAGACGCAGCAUCACCCGGCCUCUCACGGAUACCAGACCGGCUACGUGACUGCCUACCACGGCGGCGGAGAAUCCACGGCGGCCAGCUAUUUUCCCCCAACAAUUUCAACGGCUCAGAACGCUUCGAACCAACAGUACGUGGCCACUGGAGCACAGUACAGCACCGCUUCGUACGGUUACGGCGUCCCGGUCCAGAGUGCCCCUGAGCAACAGCACGCCGCGGCUCAAAACCAGUACAACCCUGUUUCUUAUGGCACUCAGAGCCAGUACGGCGAGCAAGCCUAUGUUGCAAACCCAGCACCCCAGAGUUUUACUGGCCAGCAGUACGCCGCCAGCCAAGACCCGUACGGCUGUGUUACUUAUGCCAGUCACCCACCGAUGCAAGAAGCAUACAGCUUCGGCAGCUUCUCCCAAGCACAGCAGGUGACCCAGCCGAUGAACCAACUCGCCCCUAUGGAGCCAUCCUUUGUCUCAACCUCGGUGCCGGGCCUUCAUGCUCUUGCCACGCUUCCGAUGAUGCAAGCCACGCCCCAGCCCUGGAACCCACAGACCUCGAGCGUUGAGUCCGUGCAGGCUCAGCUGGUGCAGCUCGCCCGCGGCGUCAAGCACUCGGAGCACGCGGACUGGCCCAUGGAGUUUUGCCUGCGGCUGGCCGUGCAACGAAGCUGGGCCGCAACGCUGCCCACCAUCACGGGCACGAGUUCGGUAUACAGGGCGCUCGCGCAGUUCUUGGCCGCCACGAACCGAGCCAUUUCCGAGCUGAAUCUCCCGGAGACAAACAACUCGGCAAGGGUGUGGCUUCGCGAGGAGCAGAGACGCAUUUGUGCGCCUACCGCCAAUCCGUCGAACCGCCUGUCGCUCUCCAACUACCUCUCCAACCCACCCCGAGGCAACGCUGCCUAA